AUGAAUUGUUUGUUAGUCAGAAACUUCACCAGAUCAGCCGUUCAAGUAUUUCCCAAACCAAUUCCUAUAUUAGCAAGAAGAAUGUCAUCUGUUCCUUAUAAACAAGAGCCUCAUAAAUUGACCAUGGUUCCUGGACCAAUUGAGUUCAGUGAUGAAGUGUUGUACGCCAUGGCCACUCCAUCUCAAGCACACACUUCUCCUGAGUUUGUUAAGACAUUCCAAACCGUUUUGAAGGGCUUGAGAAAGUUGUUCAAGUCUACCGAACCCAAAGCUCAACCUUAUGUUAUCAGUGGAUCUGGUACUUUGGGUUGGGAUGUAGUCUCUGCAAACUUGAUUAACCCUGGUGAUAGAGUGUUGGUAUUAUCCACUGGGUUCUUUAGUGAUCUGUUUGCUGAUUGCUUGCGUGUCUAUGGUGCUGAAGUUGAUGUGAUCACUGCUGAAGUUGGUGAUGUUGUCCCAUUGAAUAAAGUGGAAGAAGCCUUGAAGGCUCACAAAUAUACUGCUAUUACCAUUACUCAUGUGGACACUUCUACUUCUGUUGUUUCGGAUAUCCAAGCAGUUAGUGAACUGGUUCAAAACGUAUCUCCUGAUACUUUGGUUGUUGUGGAUGGUGUUUGUUCUGUGGGUGUUGAAGACAUUGAAUUUGAUAAAUGGGGUCUCGAUUUUGUAUUGACUGCUUCUCAAAAAGCCAUUGGUGUUCCAGCUGGAUUGGCCAUUAUGUUUGCUUCUGAAAGAGCAGUUUCAAAGGCUUUAUCCAGAGAAAAGGAUUCUACUUUCUUUGCUUCCAUGAAGAGAUGGACUCCAAUUAUGAAGGCAUACGAAAAUGGUACUGGUGCUUAUUUUGCCACUCCAGCAGUUCAAACGGUUACUGCUUUAAAGGUUUCCUUGGACGAAAUCUUGGAUCAAGGUUUGGAUGCUCGUUUCAAGAAACAUGCUCAAGUUUCUAAUCAAUUCAAGGAAAAAAUGGCUUCUUUAGGGUUAAACAUUUUACCUGUUAAUGACAACGUUGCAGCCCAUGGGUUAACUGCGGUGUAUUUCCCUGAGGGUCUUAAUGGUGGAGACUUUUUGACUAAAUUGUCUUCCAAGGGCUUUGUUAUUGCUGGUGGGAUUCACAAGGCACUUGUAGGUAAAUACUUCCGUGUUGGCCACAUGGGCCAUUCUGUUUACGAGGGCCACAUUGAUAAGUUGAUUACGGCCAUUGAGGAGAUCUUAGAAUCUAAGUAG